GGACUUCGUGAGCGUGGAUUCUCGGUCAGUCAGGAAGAAGAAGAAGAAGAAGAAGAAGAAGUAGAAGGAAUAUGGAGCCCAAAGACGAAGAGUGCGGUACAUUUGACCCCAACAUACCAGAGGAGGGGCCAUCAGCGCCCCCUCCUGGCUGGCUGGAUGACGUCCAUGGAUACGGGGGCCACAGCGGAGGACCGGAUGAUAACCCACUGUACCCGCCUCCCCCGGCCUACAACCCCCAGCCUGAACUGGACAGAAACACUCUGGUGCCUGACAUCAGGGUUCCGACGAUAUCGGAGGACGAGGCCAGAGAAGCCCUGCUGACAUUUGUGAAUUCAAAAUGGACGUACAGCGCGAAACCUGCCAGGAACCUCACCUUCAAAGAUCUGAGGCCCAGCACUGUGUUCAGGUAUCGACUGGAGACCUACACUGAGACCAGAACCAGCGCCUGGCAGUACGAACCCUACAAUGGACAAGCGGUGGACGGCCCUCAGUACGGCGUGCCUCCUGCACCGUGGGACGUCCCGGUUGUUUUACCCCAGAGAUUUACCGACACGGUGGAGAAGAUCCGCGUCCCUCACACUUCCUUCAUAAAGACGUGUCACAAAUGCAGCGGCUGUGGAAGAACUCGGUGUGUUGCCUGCUUUGGUCGAGGCAUGAAGCGCUGCACGUUCUGUCACGGUCACGGUUCGUCCAGGAACAAGCGCUGCACCUCCUGCCAUGGCCGAGGUCGGAAGAGGUGCAUCAGCUGUCACGGCCACGGCUUCAAGACCUGCGGCCUCUGUAACGGCAGCCAAAACCUGCUGCACUUCAUCCUGCUCACGGUCACAUGGAAAAACAACGUGGAGGGAUUUAUUCCCGAUCGUCAGCCUGACUUCCCUGACGAGAAGUUUGAGAAGGUGAAGGGAGCGCCGCUCUUCAUCGACGAGAACAUUCUGGUUUAUCCUCUCCAGGGUUUCCCCGAUCAGGAGAUCUGCGACAUUUCGAGGAAAAUGAUAACCGAACACUUCAAUCGGCACACGUCCACCAGCCGCAUCCUGCAGCAGCGUCAGACCAUCGAGCUGGUGCCGCUCACUCACGCUCAUUACGCGUACAAAGGAAAAAACUACAGCUUCUUCGUGUACGGGACGGAGAAGAAAGUGUUCACCUCCAAAUAUCCCACUGCGUGUUCCAUUCAGUGAGAAACAACAUGGAUGUUUUGAUUCUAAAAUCUGUGUUUUUAACACAGGCGAUCAUGUUGUAUCUGCAGUAACUUACGUCCAAACUAUUUCUGACAACGAAGGGUAACGGAAACUGAAGGAAAAAAAUUAUUAUUAAAAAAUUAUUUUAAUCUUUAAAAAUGGAAGAAAAAAUGAAUUCCUGUCGGGCUGCGUAUAAUAUUGUGUAUAAUCAAGUAUAUUAAGUAUACUAACAUGUACUACCUCCUCACUGACGGACAGGAAGUGAUAAAACCCUUCAGAGUAAAAGUCUUCAUGUCAGUUUUGCUGACGCAUGAAAGAGUGAAUGUGUGUGGCAAAUUUGGGUAAAAAUGGGCGGGUCAAAUAAAUGGCUCAAAGAAUUUGUUGGGUGAUGCAGCGACAGUUGUGACGGACAUGUAAAUCUAACAGGAAGGCGGCCAUUUUGGAGCUUGCAGGCCCAGUUUUCAUUGUUUGUGAAAUUUUUGGCAAAAUUGACUAAGUUUUAAUGAGAAGCCGAUGUUUGUGUUUUCUUCCCUGUUUAGAAAGUUUGGGAAAUGCUCGUCUACUUUUCAAGGAAACUUUUGUUUACUGUAGAUGUUGAAAUUAAUGCUUUUGUCUUUUUCUAUAUAGAAAAACAAACACUUUUCUAUUCGUAGGAAUAUUCUUUUUAGUUCAGCUCAGGGUCCUAAAACCUCCAACCUUAAAGUCUGGUCCGUCAGUUUACAUAUGCAGCAAAUACUCAUUUUGUGGGUUUGAAUUUGAUACGAGGAAGCAAGAGUUUUUUUAAAAGUAAGAACUCAAUGCCGAGUACAUUGCAACCUAUUCUUUUUGUUACCAUGUUUGAGUUCUGGAGGUCGAGAAUCACUUCCUGUACCUCCACAUACGUUAGUACUCUGUAUGUCAUGUAAUCGUCAUACCUUAUUAAAUGUACCUACAUUUUUUCUACAAAAAAGUCCAUUGUUCAAUAAAAAUAUAACAAAAACA